AUGGCUCCCUUUGUGCAAGCUUGGCUCAUGCCCUUCUUCGCGUCGGUGGUGGCUGCGACCUGGAAGCCUUCGACCGAGCUGGUGCAGCUGGAGCUGCCACCUCGAGGUGCACCUCUUCCGGAGGUACCUGCUUUCCGGUCCUCCAAUGGAGUGCUCAAUUGCACGCUGAGGCUACGACCAGCACGGGUGGUGGGGCCAAACGUCAGCUUCGUGACGCGCAUUUACAACGACUUCAUCCCGGGUCCCACGAUUAUGAUCAAGCCGGGUGACAGGCUCCUGAUCACAGUGCAGAACGAUUUGCAGGCUCCGCUGGGCAAGGCUGCCAACGAUGUGUACCAGCUCCCGAACACCACCAAUCUACACGUUCAUGGACUUCAUGUGUCACCCAAUGCGCCGGCGGACGAUGUCUUUGGCACGGUCCUGGGCCCGGGUGAUUCCUUCAUGUAUGACUACAAGCUCAUCGCAGAUCAUUCUCCCGGUACUUAUUGGGCGCACCCCCAUCAUCACGGAUCCAACGUCAUGCAGGCGGGUGCUGGAGCUGCGUCGGUGCUUUUGGUGCAGGAUCCACCAGGCUUCCUCUCAGCUCAGCUGGAGACAUUGCCAGAUCACAGUUUGAUGUUGCAGAACUUGCCUCUGCCGCUGUUGACGGCAGCUGCGAAGGCAUCUGGGGACCAGCUCUUCCAGAGCUCCCCACAAGAAGACCUCUGGCUGGUGAAUGGCGCAGUGCAGCCCGUUCUUACCGUAGCCUCAACCCAGUGGCACCGUUUGCGCUUGGUAAUGGCCGGUGUCUCUGAUUGGCUUUUCUUGGACUUUGGAAGCUGCGAGACAGCGCUGCUCGCAAAAGACGGCAUUUACAUUGAUGACUUCCCACGCUGGAUAUCCCGUGUGUCCCUGCCCCCUGGUGGACGAGCAGAUCUCGUCGUACGCUGUCCAGGUAGUGAGGAAGGUACCAAUCAUGCCAUCGCUUCUUUAGCCAGUCCCGGAAAUGGGGUGAAGUCCUAUGUGGGUCCCCUGUUUUCCAUCCGCUCGGUCGAGUCGCAGGGAUCCAGAAAGGAGGACUUGGCCCCCUGGCAUCCUCGAAGCCGGCCGACGUAUUUGCAGGACCUCAGCGGUGGCCUGACGAGCCCGGAUUGCAGCUGCAAGACUCCACUGGGACAGGGGGUUCACACUCGUUGGAUUGAUGGCCACCUCUUCGAAGGUGCCAAGAAAUAUUUGCAUCAAUGGCCACGCGACGCGGUUGUGCAGCGAGAGAUUUCAGGGAUUGACAAGCACAGUUUUCACCAGCACACAUGGCCUUUUCAACUGCAGAACACGCCUGGCGGCAAUGACCCCUACUUCAAGGCCGGCGACUGGCAUGACACUUACCAGAACGUUCUUGACUCCAAGGCUACUGUCCGCUUCAGCACAGUCGAUUUUGCUGGACCGGAAGUGGUGCAUUGCCAUGCUCUCGCGCAUUCGGAUCAGGGGAUGAUCGGUGCGGAGAUCGUUGCAGGACGGGGUCGGGACGCUUGCCAUUGUGACCUCCUCGGAGAGGCGCAGCCAGUGGAUUUCAUGGCAGACGAACGAAGCCAAAGCCUGCUGCUAGUGGCAGGCCUGCUGUUCAUGGCGAUGUCCCUGCUACUUGUGGGAAUGCUUCGACAGGUCGUCCGCUCGGCUCGAUCACUGUCGGAUGCAUACAGCACCCUUCCGGACGGACCUGAAAGUGCGUGA